AUCCAUAUUCCAGGAUAUAUCCUGCUAGCGUAGACGGAUAAGAACUCUAAAUGAGAAUGUGAAGGAAAGGAUGGAUAAAUUUCUUAUGACAUUGCGAGUCUGGUCGCCGCACUCUACCCGAUCCUUCCUUUCAUAGACAACUAGACAUUAGGAGUCAGUCAACAGAAAACCAUAGACACAGAAACAGCUUUACAAGCUUACAUUCAACUUCGAGUGCUUUUCAUUGUCGAUGAAAAAAAUAGUUAUAAAAAUGAGAAGUUUUAAGAAGUUGAUCAAUCAAGAUUUACUGCAGCUUGCCCUUAUUAUCAGCCUACUUAAGGUUGACCCUAAUAGCUAUUUCGGCUUGAACCGGUCCAAUGGUCAGGACUCAGGGGGCGGAGUAUUAUUAGGGGAGGCGUGGCAGCCCAUCCUUCCCUCCUACCCCCUGAAGGACCCGAGCAGCCUGCUAGCGAGGUACCAGGAGGAUAUACUAGAGGAACUCAACACACUCGGCACUUUCAACAGGUUCUCCUUGUAUGGUGAUGUUCCAGUGCAGCUCUCAGCUUACCUUGUUGAUUUGUCUAUAAAACCUUUGCAUUGCUUUAUCUAUAAAUGA